AUGGCCUUGAAGGGAAAGAAGCAGGAACAGGAAGACGCCGCAGCUCGCGCCAUGAGGCGUAUGCAGACAUUCGAUCAAAGCGAUAGCGACCUCGACCAGAACAACAGCGGCGGCGGUAGUGAUCAGGAACCCUCUGACGACGAGGAACAGGAUAGCGAGGAGGAAGAGGAGGAUUCAGACGAUUUGAAGAUGCAGAGUGAAGUUGACGAGGAUAGCGAGGAGGAGGAGGAAGAGGAAGAAGAAGAAGAAGAAGAGGACUCGGAUGACUCGGAUGACAGCGACGAAGAUUCAGAUUCUAAUGACUCUGAUGACUCUGACGACGAUGAUGAUGAUGACAAGAAGCUCAAGGAACUCCAAAAGAACCUGGCUCAGAUACCCUUCGACAAAUUGGCAGAGAUCCAACAAAAGGUCGGCAUGAAGGUCUUCCACCAGACCUUGCGUGGAGCAGAGAAGAAGAAGGUCGCCACCAAGGGACUCGCACGGAAAGCAUCUCAGGAUCGAUAUGAUGAUGAUGAUUCAGAGGAGGAGGAUAGCGAGGAGGAUAGCGAGGAGGAGGAGAGACGACCCAAGAACAAGAUGGAUAAGCUGAGGGAUGCCAUGAACAAGGAGAAGAAGGAGCGGAAAUUUAUUGAGAAGCGUGCAGACAAAAACAGGCCAAUGGAGAUCGGAUCAAAGAAGCCAGUUGGACGUUACCGUCAAGUCGUGGAGGUCGCCAGCGCUAAACGCCGUGAUCCUCGUUUCGACAGCCUAAGCGGAAAACUCGACAACGACCUCUUCGAAAAGUCAUACUCCUUCCUCAAGGACUACCAAGUGGACGAAAUGAAGAAACUCAAGGAACUUGUCAAGAAGGAGCGCGACCCAGACAUGAAAGACAAGCUCCAGAACCAACUCAGCCGCAUGAUCGACCGUCAAGCCACCGAAGCCUCGCAGAAGCGUCGCCAGGAGAUCAAGCGCGACCACAAGCGCAAGGAGAAGGAAUUGGUCCUCAAGGGCAAGAACCCCUUCUUCUUGAAGAAGUCAGACCAGAAGAAGCUAGAGUUGAUCGACAAGUUCAAGCACUUGAGCGAGAGUCCCAAGGCUUUGGCCCGGGCCAUGGAGAAGAGGAGGAAACGCAACUCUGCAAAGGAGAAGACCAAGAUCUUGGGCGGUCCCAAGCGUCGCAGGGUCGACUGA